GGAGCAGGAGCAAAUGCCUGGCUGAGCACUGCUUUCCUGUCUCCCUCCCUGUUCCCGCGUAUGUGGCCUACACUUCCCAGCACACUCCGCGUGCGAGGGAGGGGAGAAGCCUCCCUGCGCCUUUCCUUCACCCCCCCGCUUCCUCCCCCCCAUGACUACAUUUCCCAUGAGAAGCCGCGCGGGGGGCCCUCUCCGCGCACACCCAAGGGCGUCCUGCGGAGGCAAGGGGCGCUCUGGGACCUGUAGUCCGGGCGCUGCGGAGGCGGGAACGGUUCCCGCGCUUUUUUUUUUUGUAAUUAUUUGAAGCGGCGCCGCUCCCCAGGACUACGUUUCCCGUCAGGCCUCGGGAGCUCUCCGCUUCCCGGCUCCUUCCUCCCCUCUCGUUGCCCCCCCGCCCCUUUCCCAGUUUUGGCGGAGACAUUUGCGAAGCGAGUCUCUCCAAGAUGGCGGCGUGGGGAAGGAGGCGCGCGGGCCCCGGCAGCUCCAGCGGCGGCACCGCCAGGGAGAGGGUCACCUUGUCUGCCACGGACUGCUACAUUGUCCACGAAAUCUACAACGGGGAGAAUGCUCAGGACCAGUUUGAGUACGAGCUGGAGCAGGCCCUGGAGGCCCAGUACAAAUACAUUGUGAUCGAGCCCACGCGCAUCGGGGACGAGACGGCCCGCUGGAUCACCGUCGGGAACUGCCUGCACAAGACGGCGGUGCUGGCCGGCACUGCCUGCCUCUUCACCCCGCUGGCCCUUCCUGCAGAUUAUUCCCACUACAUCUCCUUGCCAGCCGGCGUGCUGAGCAUAGCCUGCUGUACCCUCUACGGGAUCUCCUGGCAGUUUGACCCCUGCUGCAAGUACCAGGUGGAGUAUAACGCCUAUAAACUGUCCCGCCUGCCCCUGCAUACGCUCACCUCCUCCACUCCUGUGGUGCUGGUGAGGAAGGACGACCUGCACAGAAAGAGACUGCACAACACGAUAGCACUGGCUGCCCUGGUGUUCUGCGUCAAGAAGAUCUACGAACUCUACGCUGUAUGAUUGCGGUCGGGGAAGGAGAAACCCACAAAGACAGACACACACACACACACACACGGCGUAUUAAAGACUCCCGCAGUAACAUUCAACUUUUUCCUCCAGAAGUGGUGGUGCCUGGGAAGCAGUCUGGUUUAUCCGGUUUUGUUGUUUCUCCCCCAAAGCAAGCGGCAUGUCACUGGUGCAGCAAGGGGAUGUUUGGUUCUUCCUUACGCCUCAGACACGCAGCUGCAGUGCGAACAGAACACGCUGGGAGUCCAAGUCAAUAAUGGAAUGUCCAUGAAAGGAAACGAUUCGCGGGAGGGGGUGUGAGCCUUUUUUUUUUUUUUUUUUGAGAAACCUUUAAGUAUAUUGUUUAAUUGUAUUCUACAGAACCAGCUCAAAAGUGAUCACUGACCAUUCAUUAAAGGAUGAGAAUUUCAAA